AUGGAGAGUGGCGAGAGUGGAACCGGCGGAAUGGAUCCAGGGAAAGGUGGCGUGGAGACACCAAGCUCCGUCCCUGACAGGCUACGUGAAGCCGAUCUCUUUUGGUGGCCCCUGUCUCCGUCUGCCGCGACCUCCAGCACAGCCGUCGGAUCCACGGACGAGGAUGCGGUGGAUCAAGCUGACCUCGAAGCCUCAAGGCCAGACCUCGUGGAACCUGCACCCCCAGUGGCACAUGUAGCACCAGCAAGAGCUCCAGGGCAAAAGUGCAAGUCCGGCAGCCUGCCAGCUGGGGGCGUCACACUCGCACGAGCGCGUGCCCUCUCGCAGAUGGCGAUGGAAGAUUUGUCGAGACCGGCAGAAGCCCGGGUUGAUGCCUCCUACGUCCAGAAGCUGCGCGAAGAAUGUCAGGCAGCAAAUACCCGCAUUCAGGCGAAUGUCUCGUCAGUGGCAAAGAUCUCAGGGGCAUGCAGGGUUUUAGAGGCCCAGCAUGUUGACGUUGAAGAUGCCAAGAGCCGAGUCCGGCAUGCUCGAAACAUUCGCUCAGCAGACAUCUCCGUGUGCCGACGGCGCCUGGAGCUGCUGCAGGACCUCGAUUGGGUCGGAGCUGCGGCCUCCGCCGACAAGGAAGCUGCGACCGUGACGAGUGCGAGGAGCUCAGAGACGCCAGCACCAGAGACUUCUCAGAAGAACUUAAUGGAGGCACUGGAGGUGGAGCAGGAGGCACUGCUUCUCAUGCGCCGGGAGCUAGACCUGCAGGAGGAGGAUCUCAGCCAAGCUGCAGAGCAACUGCAGGAGCUCCACGGUUGCCUGAAGAAGGAAAUGGCCCAGCGCCGUGCAGCGCUAAGGCAAGACUCCGCUGCGAAGCGGGGCUCCGGCGACGUGACUUCGGCCCCUGGCUACAUGUCCGUCGGGGACAGCUGGAAGUUUUGGGCGAAGAGGGUCAAGGCUGCGCAGGUGGAUGCGCAGCAUCUGUGCAAGAAGGCUUCCUCAACCAUCCAGUACACUGACUUGGAGUGUGCCAAAGCACAGCGGUCCACUCAAGACUGCCUGGCGCAGUGCAGUAGCGACCAACGCGAGCUGCGGAGAAGAUUUGACACGCAGUUGAAAGACGUGGAGUUUGCUAUGUCCUGUGCGGAAUGGACCCUCAACAAACCGGAAAACAGGUCCAAGGCACGCAGUCAGAGCGAGGCCACCCAAGUGCAGCGCUCCAACGUCCUUCUCCAUGAGCUUUCCACGACUCAGAAGAAUUUGCGCUGCCUUUCUCGCCAGUGCAAGAAGGACCUGCAGGUCCUCGAGGCCUGCCGAAACGUGACAACGGCCAACGUCGCUGCAAGGCCUUCGUCGGCCCCAGGGACGCCAGGCGCAGGGGCGGGAACCUUGAAGAGUCUCAAGCGGAGCAGAAGUGCCGUGGAUACCAGGAAGUUCCGCAAGGACAGGUCAGAGUCACAGGGUCCCCCGGGUGGCUUGUGGGAGGAAUUGCAGCACCUCACAGUGGAGCAACAGCAGAUGACCAAGGGUCUGCGCGAGUGUGAGUAUGGGGUCGACAGAUGCGCGGCAUGGGCUUCAGUGCUAUCUAACCUGGAGGACCGGGUCACCGACGUUCUGCUGCGUCGUCCCCUGGUGACAAGGCGCAGCUUGUCGGCGCUGACAGAGGAUGACAGGCCCACCACUUCGAGGUUACGCAGAGUCAGCAAGGAGACGUCCGGCAAGGAGCCGUACCUGCGCCGCUGCUUCGUGGUGAACUUCCGACGGCUCAUGGAGCUGCAGAAGGUCUUUGCCAUCAUCCAUGAGCUUAUCAAAUCCACGGCCAUCGCGGCGUUAACUUUGGUUCUAGCUGGAAAUGUUUGGCAGCUCGGCUACUCUGUCCUCUUCGUGGCCAUCCUUUUCGUAAUGUAUGGUUUCCAUGCUGCUCACUACGACACUAUGGACAUCAGCGACUACCACCAUCUGGUGGACCUGCUCGAGGACGACCAUGGUGUUUGCGGCGGCAGGAGCAUCGACAAUCCCAACAGGCUACUGAAGGCCCUCACCCUCGCGCGCACCGGCCGACGCAGGAGGGCCGUGCUGAUCAUCUUGCUCUUUGGGCUGCUAUGUUCCGGAAUGUGGUCUAUGGUGGCGUACUCAUGGACAAUGGAGCUUACCGAAGGGGUCUGGUCAAUCGGAGAUGAGUUCUAUGCCACAUUGCUCCUCGUUGGCACGCUGAUGCUGCUCUUUCAUACAGUUUUUGAAUGGCUGUAUUGGCGAGAGACGCAGUGUGUCAUGCCCUGGUGGAACCGGCAGCUGAAGGAGCCGUGGGAUCCAGCUCGUCAUGGCAUUCCGCGCAGGUUCCGAUGGUUUGGACUGCCGAGCAUGUGGUUUACUUGCGGCAGUGCCUAUUCCGACCUGUCCUUGUGGAUUCAGCACGCAAAGGGACAGUGGCGGGGCAAGAAGGUCAACAAAGUCUUCCCUGAGGAGAUGGCGCUUUUUUCCUUGCAUGCGAGUGGUGCCUGCCAGCUUCGACGAACGCUGCAGCACGCGAAACUCUACAGUGUACAGCGAUGCUCCUUCCUGACCCGUGAGGGGGAUGCAAACGCACUUCCCAAAGGCAGUGACCCGGAGGAGCUGCAAAUUAAUUUCGUCUUCUUCGACACCCAAAGCAAGGAGUACAUGCAGCCAGAGGAGGAGCAAAAGGAGACUCAAAUCCAUGUAUUGAAUCGGCCCAUACGCUCGGGCACGAAGGGCGCCGACCGACUUGACUUGGGGUCGACUCUCCUCGAGCAUGCUCCGAAUAUUGAGAAGAGUCUUCCCAACUCUGCCCAUGUGUUCUCAUGGGCAUCGGAUCUGCGCAAGGCAGGACAAUGGCUUGGCCACAGUGGCUCUGGGAGGUGCCCCGUGCCUCGGAGUGCCCCAGCGGUCGGCAGCAUGCGAGAGGUAGUUGCUGGUGCAGAGGACGGUGCCUUUGAUGGAGACGCUCUUUUUGUCAUUGGCUCUCGGUUUGGCCAGGAUGCGAAGCUUGGUCUUGUUCCCCAGUUUGCCGGAGGAGAGGUCCUGGUGAAGGAUGUGAGCAAGGGCGGGUGGGCCGAGACUGCGGGCAUCCGAGCUGGAGCAAGGCUCCUUCAACUCAAUGGGGUCGCUGUCCCCGGCAUGGCAGAUGCCGACUUCAAGGCAGCGCUGAAGCAGCGCCCGCUGCAGAUCCGCUACGAGCAAAAAGUGUUAGAGGUGGUUCUCGAGGAUCCUGCAGAGAAGUUAGGCUGCAGUUUUUCCGGGGCCCCUCCUGCCAAUGCGGUGGUGGCCAAAGUUUCACCGGGCUCAUUUGCAGAGAGGAGUUUGAUACAAGUUGGCUACGAGCUAGUGGCCGUGAACGGAGAUGCUUUGAAAGAUUUGACCGAUGCCACGUUCAGGGACCGCCUGAAGGCGAGACCUGUCCGGCUCCGGUACCAAGUUCCUGAGGAUGCAGCUGCAGCGCAACAGGUCCAGGCACAAGCAAAUGCGGCCACCACCAUUCAGGCUCAUGCACGGGGCCACCAGGCGAGAAAGAGCACUGCGACGAAGGCUGCUUCUGCCAACAAGUUCGAAAUCGUACUGGAGGACGCCGAGGUCAAACUUGGUUGUGGCUUCGCUGGGAUUCCUCCGGAACCUGUGAUGGUGGGGAAAGUAUCACCUGGAAGCUUUGCCGAGAGGAGCAAGAUUCAGACCGGACAGCUUCUGGUGGCUUUGAAUGGCACGCAGAUGAAAGAGCUGAACGCCGAGACUUUCAAGCAAGCAUUGAAAGGUCGGCCGGUCCGACUCAGCUUCGAGAUUCCCCUCGCGGAGGAGAAGGCUCAGGUCAUCGACAAAGUCGAGACGCAGGAGAGCGCAGCCACAGCCAUCCAAGCCCUGGCACGUGGUCAUGCGGCUCGAAAAGACACUGGACUGGAGGCAGCAUCGGAAAGUGCUCGCAGGUUCGAGGUCACGCUGUCAGAUGCUGAAACCAAACUGGGUUGUGGCUUUGCAGGACUUCCUCCCGAACCUGUCCUCGUGGCAAAGGUCUCGGAGGGCAGCUUUGCUGCCACGCACAAGAUCCAGACUGGGCACUUGCUGGUGGCGCUGAACGGCGUAGAAACAAAGGAUCUGACUCCUGAGACUUUCAAGCAGAGCUUGAAAGCCAGGCCCGUCAGUCUCCGUCUUGAGAUUCCACAGGCAGAGGAGAAGGCCAAGGCCAUCGACAAAGUCGAGACGCAGGAGAAUGCGGCAACCGCCAUCCAAGCCCUGGCACGUGGUCGUGCUGCUCGCAAAGGCACCGGCCUGGAGGCAGCAUCGGAAAGUGCUCGCAGGUUCGAGGUCACGCUGUCAGAUGCUGAAACCAAACUGGGUUGUGGCUUUGCAGGACUUCCUCCCGAACCUGUCCUCGUGGCAAAGGUCUCGGAGGGCAGCUUUGCUGCCACGCACAAGAUCCAGACUGGGCACUUGCUGGUGGCGCUGAACGGCGUAGAAACAAAGGAUCUGACUCCUGAGACUUUCAAGCAGAGCUUGAAAGCCAGGCCCGUCAGUCUCCGUCUUGAGAUUCCACAGGCAGAGGAGAAGGCCAAGGCCAUCGACAAAGUCGAGACGCAGGAGAAUGCGGCAACCGCCAUCCAAGCCCUGGCACGUGGUCGUGCUGCUCGCAAAGGCACCGGCCUGGAGGCAGCAUCGGAAAGUGCUCGCAGGCUCGAGGUCACGCUGUCGGAUGCUGAAACCAAACUGGGCUACUGGACUUACAUUGUGGGAAAUCAGAGCGAAGCGACCCAGUCGGUGGAGCACGUAAACACGGCCAGGUGGCAAAGGCACAAGAUCCAGACUGGGCACUUGCUGGUGGCGCUGAACGGCGUAGAAACAAAGGAUCUGACUCCUGAGACUUUCAAGCCCGCAGAGCUUGAAAGCCAGGCCCGUCAGUUCCGCUCUCAGCAGUCUCACGAGAACUCGAAGCACAUGCUACAGCAACACAUCGCGGGCUGCGCUUCUCCGCUGAGGACGAUAUGCCUGGUUUGCGAGGAGAAGGCCAAGGCCAUCGACAAAGUCGAGACGCAGGAGAAUGCGGCAACCGCCAUCCAAGCCCUGGCACGCCGGGCUCUCAAGCUUCCAUUCAUGGCGUCCCGUCUGAUGAUCUGUGUAGAUGCGGGGGGGCACGCGCAUCCGAGCAAGGUGGUCGUGCUGCUCGCAAAGGCACCGGCCUGGAGGCACGCCGGAUUGCGCAUCGACGAAGUACCAGCCUUUUUCGAAGCUGCUACCUUGUGCUCCACGGCGACAGGCAGCAUCGGAAAGUGCUCGCAGGCAUGGUUUGAUGAGGCUGAGCUUGUACCUGCUAAGCUUUGCAGAGAUCUGCACCAGGACUUCCUCCCGAACCUGUCCUCGUCACUCGGCAUGAGGACUUACAUUGUGGGAAAUUCAGAGCGAAGCGACCCAGUCGGUGGAGCACGUAAACACGGCCAGGUGGCAAAGGUCUCGGAGGGCAGCUUUGCUGCCACGCAGGGUACCGAGAAGGGGGAAGGCUGCUGA